AUGUCAUUAAUCCCAACACAAUUAAAAGAACCAACAGCAAUUUAUUCACUUUUAUUCACAUUACUAUUAUUCAUCGUGUCAUUUGUCGUGGCAUAUAAUUUUCUAUCGCGCGAGAAAUUCAAGACAUCAGAGAAAUAUGUGUUUAUGUGGUUAACGUGGGAUGCGUUGGUGCAUUUAAUCCUGGAGGGGUCAUUUGUAUACAUGUCGAUUUUAGGACGAACAGUAGAGACUAGUUCUGGUCCAAUGGCUGAACUAUGGAAAGAAUAUGGAAAAGCCGAUUCCAGAUGGUUAAUCGCAGAGCCAACAGUAGUUUCAAUUGAGAUUCCCACAUUUAUACUAUGCGGUCCAGUUUCCGUGUUAGUUCUAUGGGCAAUAACGAAAGACCAUCCCAUUAGACAUCCUCUACAAUUCCUUUUAUGCACUUGUGAAUUGUAUGGAGGAUAUUUAACUUGGAUGCCGGAAUAUUUGACUGGAAAUAAGUCCCUUGCCAUCGAUAAUCCUCUUUACCUCUGGGUUUACAUGGUGUUAUUUAAUGGUCUUUGGGUUCUUGUCCCUACAUUUUUAUUGGUUCAAUCUUGGUAUGAAUUACUUCGUGGUGCUGAACUUUUGAGUCAACAUCGGCAAGCUAAAAAAUCAUUAUGA